CUCUCUCCUCAUCAUCCUUCUUCUCCAUCACAAUGUCAAACCACGACACACCACCACCCCCACACUCGCACGAGCCGCUCAAGAUCGGCUCGCCAAGACAGGAGCCGGACGCCGUACCCGCCGGACUCUGGCUCGCAGGCCGUGCGACCUCGCCGACGCUUCCCAAGCCGCCUAUCCACGCCUGCAUCCACGACGCGGAGGCGCCGCACCGCCCGCCCAUCGCGCCAAUCAUGACGCGCAGCUCCAACUCGUCCACCUCGUCACGAGGGAGCCCAACAACGCCGCCGUACAUGCCGACGCCGCCGCCGGCCUCGCGCCCGCUCCCAGACCCCACAACGGCGCACUACGAGCCCUUCCCCGCGCGCGAGACGACCCCGCUCCUUCCUGCCACAGCGGCGAACGGGCACGCGCGCACCGACUCGCGCCACGCGCACUCGGCCGCCCGCUACGUCCACUGGGGCGGCGAUGUCGAGGCCCGCGCCGUGCUCUCCAGCGCUCGCGAGUUCGAGAUUGUGCUGCGCGCCCGCGAGCGUGCGAUCGGCAAGGCGACGGUGCGGUUCUGGCGCACGCUGUUCGUGUCGUUUGCGGUCGCGUUCAUGCUCGGUAUUGUCGUGCUCAGCGUCAUUGUGAGCAACGCGCCGCCCCCGCCGAAUGGGCCGAGCCCGUACCCGUUGCCUGGGCCGGACAGGCCAACAUGAGGGAUGGCAAGCAGGACGGCGCGACGCCGAGGCGCAACGAGCCGACAACUCCCGAGGCCACACAGCAACGGAGCGCAGCGCAUGCUGCGGAGCUCGACUCAGACACUGGCCGUUGCCCAGACUUGCAUCUUGGGCCAUCGCACCAGCUCGAGCCACCUACCUCUGGACCACGACUAUCCACAGCGCCUAUUCCCACCGAAGCUGUUAGCCCCGCCUGAUUCCUGCAGGUGGAGACGAUCUACUUGUGAACCUUCUGAACGAGUCGCCAUUUUCGAUCGUCGACAAACUAGCCCUGCAACCGAAAAACCACAGCAACACUUGCUCUUGUCUUGACGAGCGAACACGCCGCGAAGGCCUAUACCCAACAAAAGCCGCGACAGCGCAGCGACCCAAGCAUCCGAAAUGCACCCACAAGAGCGCACGAGCAAGCACACACGCAGACAAGUAUAAUUCUAGAACGGAUAGAGAUAUCACCGGGAUUAACGAGGGAGAAUGAAGAAGAAGCUAUCACGAGGAGAACACGACUGAACAUGUACUGCACAUUCAUACUUCUUGACACCAUACCACAACCUAUGAUACAUAUGCACAGC